CAGCUGCACGCGCCGAUGAUGCCCAGGAAAGCUGUUUAGGUAGAAAGAAGCGCACUACUGGUUUUGAUUAAAAGAGGGUUUUAGGGCAUUAACUUGAGCGUUGUCAGGGAAAACAGCAGUGAGGUGCGCACGGGUCACCGACUCGGAUCUUUAUGGAUUAUUAUUUUUCUCUGCAUCAACAACUGCAAAUCACGUGAGAUGAAUGUGCAAUGACAGUGUCCCGACACCGAACGGUCUCACGCAGUUCUCGAGGAACGGACACGCGCUCACACACCUUCAUGUAAUCUAGCGCUUCAUCGUAUUUUUUUUUUUACUGUUUUUUUUUUUCUUUCUUUUUAUUUUGCUUUUUGGUUUGGGUUAUUUCCCAGCAAUGGCUUGGCCGUGUAUCAGCAGAGUCUGUUGCUUGGCUCGCUUCUGGAACCAGUUCGAUAAAUCGGAUUUGUCGGUUCCGCUAACGAUUCAGAACUACUCGGACAUCGCGGAGCAUGAGGUGCGAUCUGUCACCAAACUCGUUUCCACGGAGCAGGCACCGAGGGUCGACUUCGUUACGCCGGAUCACGCUGCUGGAGUCCGGCGGCCUCAGCGGGGACGGACCGAACCGAGUUAUAAACCCCGCGAGGACUACCAUCCCUCGGGUGUGCCUUUCCCGAGCAUCACCCAGUAUAAACAGGAUUACAAACCCUGGCCCAUCCCGAAGAAGGAUAACUUUCCCUGGAUUAGUAACGGAGGGAAAGGCGGCACUUUGACGGACAGCCCGGUGAACGGGUACCCUGACGGGGCGGAGAGACAGGAGCGUGGCGGCCGCCAGAGAGCAGGAGAUCAGAUCAGCUCAUACAGACAGGAGCACCAGCCCUGGUCUGGAGCCCGGCCGCCAAAGCCUGGCCACAAACGGCCCACUUUCCUGGGUACAGGUGCUGACAAGCCCCCGCCGGAGACCAGCUACCAGGCCGCCUUCAGCACGGACACACACAGACACACGGACGGGGUACAGGAGACCAGCACACGCGGCCUGUCAGAGAGAGCACACACACACAGGACAGAGAUCAGCAUGAAACCAGAGGAGCCGAAGACUAAACUGUCACCAAAUCCAUCUGCCGUCUUUCAAAGCAAAUCCAGAAUCUUCAACAUAUGAUCCAUCAAGCUCACCACACUCGAAGAGAAGAGAAGAGAAGAGACCAUUUUGAAAAAGAAAUGUCUAGAGAGACCACUGAAUGUUAUUCUGAGAGACUCGGAUAAUCAGAGGAAGAAAAUGCCCAAGGAUGAAUAGAGAUGGUUUUAAUGCAAGAGCGAAAUCAGUAAAACUAAAUCAUUCCACGAAAUUACACAACUAGAGGAUUUUUGCUGGAAAUUUACACAAUGUGAAAUAUAUGCUUCAAAUGUCAACCAUCUACUUGAAUGAUAAGUUUGUAAGACGGAUCAGGUUUAAGAGAGAGAGAGAGUGUGAGAGAGUUUUAAGGCCUCAUAUUCUGCUGAGCUCACCCUGUCCCCGCUGAAUGAGUAUCUGCAUGUUUCGUUUUAUGAAGCGAUUGAAUAUGCACAAUUAGCAAUGUUUUAAAAGAAAAAUGUAAUCUAGUAACUCUAUGUCUGAGUGUGCGCGCGUGUGUGUGUAUCCUGUACAAGCCUUGUUAAUAGCAUUAUAUUUGUAUAUAGUGAUGAUGUUGGUCUGCCUUUAUCGAUCUGUUAAUGUCUGCCUGAUGACGCCUAGUACUUCCAGUCACCCCUUUCCUGCUCCAGACUCACUAACCCUUUAUGAAACGCACAUAAAGACUCUAACACAUUUGAGUUUGUUUGUUUGUUUUUGUAAAUUUGGUUGAGAGAUAAAUGGGGAAAAUAAGGCACAUCUGUUUAAAUAAAAAUUACAUUCUUAAAAUUUCUUUCAUAUUUGGCUAAUUCACAUCUUACAAAUAUUUGAUAUAAAAACCGGGUUAGUACUAUUUACUAUUAGUCAAAUGUUCACAUAGUCGCAUGUUCUUGUAACUAACACUUUUAUGCCAAUAAAAAAACUGCAAUGAGAAAUUCAGAGCAAAAGGAAAGUGCUGAGCAUGACUAUUUACAAGGGGCAGUUCAAUGUGUUUAUAAUUUAUUUUAUUUAUAGAAAUUGCAUUACUUAAUGGUAAUUUAGAGUCAAUGAAAUAUUUAAGUCCUGAGCAUAACUAUUUACAUGUCCAUUACAUAGACUUAAACUCUCUCUAAGUCAGCACAAAAAAAGGUAACACUAAGUUUAGGGCCCUAUUCUAUACUAUUAAAUAGUUGCUUAUUAGCAGGCAUACUACUUCUACCUUCCUAACUAUUAAUGAGCAGUAAUUAGGAGUUUACUGAGGCAAAAGUCAUAGUUAAUAGUGAGAAUUAAACCCUAAACUAAAGUGUGACAAAAAGCAAUUACAAAUCAAUGCGAUUUUUUACAAUUUCUGUAGAACCCUUGAAAAAGUGACUAAAUCCGCUUACACAUGCGUCUCACUGAAGGUCACCGUUUUGCUACGUGAACUUUCAUUUGUACUGGCAGUUGGAAAAAGAAUUGAAGAAAUCAGGACAGAUGGAUCCAUCUUAGUUUUUAAUACAAGAAUAGUCAUUUUCUGAUACACAAUGUAAAGGUAAAACACCCAGGAGUUCGGUUAGACAAGUCACGACUGACUUUAACACUGAAUAAACACACAGAAUACAUUCUCUCUCAUCCACACAAACGCACCAAAUCAAUUCUUGAUGUGUUUUAAGCACACGCACAGAAACUGAGGCUAGUUGUAUGACACGACAAUAAACAAACCCGACCAAACAGAUUUAGCAAUGACACAAAUGCCUCCUAUAUA